AUGUGGCAAGAAUUGAUAUAUGUGGAACGUGUGACUGAUGGUCAAAAGUUUCCUUUAAAAACUUAUUCAAAUGGAUCGCUAUAUAAACCUGAAUGCGGUUCUCUUCUUAUAUAUCUUCGUAGUGAAGACUCACCAUAUGAUCAUGUUGCUGUUAUAUGUAAAGUUCAAGAAAGUUUUAUUCGUGUAUGUGAACAAAAUUAUCAAUUUCAUUAUUGGUCAAGUAAUUAUGCUCGUCAAAUUCCAAUGAUAUAUCGAAAUGGUCUUUAUUAUAUUGAAGAUAAUUAUGAUGCUUUUGAUCAUGAUUAUUCGCCAUCCUAUGUUGAUAAUCCAAAAGAAAUGUUUCUUAUGCAAUCCAAUGACAAAAAUGUUUGUUAUUAUAAAGCAAAUGAAGAUUUUUUUGAAACUAUUAGUAGUACGUCAAAUCAAUUAUAUCAAUUAUUUAUGCAAGCCACAGAUUAUAUUAUUCAUAAUGAUGAAUUUUUAACACUUUUUAAAAUACCAAACCAAUUCUGGUUACGAAUUCGAAGAUCCUGGAUAGAUGAACGUGAUUGUCAUAUAAUAGAUUAUAUGAAUUUUAAAUUUGAUGGAAAAAGUUUGAAACUAUGUCAAUAUAAAGCUAAUCGUGCAUUAACAAUGCUUCAAUCUGCUGUUGCACAAGAAAAAUGGGCUCAAAAUAUGAAUCUCGAUUAUGAUUUUAUGUCGAAUUUUCAAUUACAUUGUCUUUUAGUAAAAUAUUGGAAAAGAUUAAAUAUAAAAACUACUAUUCAUAUAUUAAUGGAUAAUGAUCAAGAAGAUUUGAAGACUAUUUUGUAUAUGAAAAAAGUAAUGAAAGAAGCAGGUAUUGAUUCAAAAUUAUGCUUAUUACAUAAUGAUCUUUAUUGGCAAGACUCAAUCAUUGUUGAUAAAGACGGAGAAAUUAUUAAUAAUGUUUGGAAAUUAUGGGAUUGGGAAACGAUCUUUCAAAAUUUUGAAGAUCGAUAUCGUAAUUAUAAAGAAGAAAAUGAAUGGGAAUCAGUAAAUAAUGAACGUCCAUGUAUAAGUGAUAUUCUUUUAAAUGAACAAAUCAGAAUUAUCGAACUCUUAUGGAAGUCAAUAACAAAUCAUACAGCAUUUUUAUCGAUCCUAUCUACUAUGUUUUCAAAUCAUCCUAAUAUUUCACACAAUGAAUGGAUUUCAUCAGAAAACUCAACACACAUUCCUUUAGUCAAUUGGUCGAUGGAAGAACAGAAUAAUGGAAUCGUCAUGUCAUAUGAUGAGAACAAAAGUUUUAUCAUAGACGACAAUAUAGAAGAAUAUUCGGACUAUUAUGAUAUUUCUCAGAAAAUAUUGUUAGCUGGAUGA